AUGGACCUGAAAACCGUCCCGACGUGGCCGCCGCCGGCCACACCGCUCACGAGUUCAUCCCGAAUCCGCAGACAGGCUCCCAAUGCGCCCUGCCCCGCACCCGUCCUCCAGCAGGACAACACCCGAGCAGAGGCACCCAUCACGGGAAUUGAUACAGCCCAAUUACGGAGCUGGCGGCGCACGAGGGAGCGAGGAAGCGGCCACAGCGGCGUGCGCUGCUCCGACGGUACGCACACUCUUGCUGUUCCUCCGUUCUUCGGUCGGCGCGGCGGCUUACCGGGCGAUGCAGAUGUCUCUGCCUUCAUCAGGCGCGCAGCCACGGCGCCGGUACAAGUAGCGCCCGAGAGCGUCGCCAGCCAGGGCCGUUCGUCGCGCGCUGUGCCACGAGACGACGGCUUUUCGAACGUCGCCACCCGCUCUCGAGAUCCAAACGUAGUCGCGCGAUACCACGCGGGGCGCGGCGCUCCCGCGCGCGGCGCCGGGGAUCCCAGGCAGAUGGACCUUGUACGCGUUCCAUGCCUCGAUAUCAACCCGCGCCGCGCGCCGUCGCCGUUCUCGGGUGCCGGAGCACGCAGGCAACGCGAUCUCAGAUAUCAUCUGAAUGGCGGCGACGGCGACGUGCCCUCGCACGGCCCCAGGCCCGCGCACGCCCAGAUGAUGCCACACGCCGCACCGGGGCGCCGUUAG